AUGGAUCCGGCAAAGCCCACCGAGCUACCUGAGCGGCCCAAAGUGGCUGCCUCGGCUGAAGGCGCCCCCGCCGAAGCAGGUCCGUCUAAGAAGGCCUUGAAGAAACUCCAGAAGGAGAAGGAGAAGGCCGAGAAGAGGGCCGCCGAGGGCCCCAAGCCCAAAGCUCCGAAAGCCCCCAAGGCUCCUAAAGCUGCCAAUGAGGCUCCUGCGCCCCGCGACCCCGAUGCCAUGUUCAAGGUCGGCUUCCUGAACGACGUCUACCAGGAGAGACCCAUUUCCGAAACCCAUCCCAAAAUCCGCACCCGUUUCCCGCCCGAGCCCAAUGGGUUCCUCCACAUCGGACACAGCAAGGCCAUUGCUGUAAACUUCGGCUUCGCUCGUUACCACGGAGGGGAGUGCAUUCUGCGCUUUGACGACACCAACCCCGCCGGCGAGGAAGAGCGAUACUACAAUGCUAUCCGCGACAUUGUGUCCUGGCUCGGCUUUAAGCCCGUGCGCGAAACACACGCCAGUGACAACUUUGACCGUCUCUACGAGCUCUCUGAGGAGCUUAUUCGCCGCGACGGCGCUUACGUCUGCCACUGCACUAAGGCCGAGGUUAGGGCUCAGCGAGGUGAGGGUGAGGGUGGCCAGCGAGGCGGUCAGCGUUUUGCUUGCCCCCAUCGCACACGACCCAUUGAGGAAUCUCUUGAGGAGUUCCGCGCUAUGCGCGAUGGCAAAUAUAAGGCCGGAGAGGCUGCUCUGCGCAUGAAACAGGAUUUGGAAGACCCUAACCCGCAGAUGUGGGAUUUGUUCGCGUGGCGCAUUCCCGAAGGCGAGAAGGAGCACCACCGUACCGGUUCGAAGUACAAGAUGUACCCUACCUACGAUAUGGCCCACGGCGUUUGCGAUAGUAUCGAGGAAAUUACUCACUCGUUGUGCACAACCGAGUUCGAGCUCUCGCGUGUUUCUUACGAAUGGCUUAACAAUAAGCUCGAUAUCUACCGUCCCAUGCAGCGUGAAUACGGUCGUCUCAAUAUCACCGGAACUGUCCUGUCCAAGCGCAAGAUUAUCCAGCUAGUGAAGGAGGGUCACGUUCGUGACUGGGAUGAUCCUCGCCUGUAUACUCUCAUCGCCUUGCGUCGCCGUGGUGUCCCCCCUGGUGCUAUUCUCUCCUUCGUUAACGAGCUCGGAGUCACCAAAGCCGUCACCAACGUGCAGAUGGUUAGAUUCGACCAGAGCGUCCGCCAGUACCUGGAAACCACCGUUCCCCGUCUGAUGGUCGUUCUUGAGCCUCUCAAGGUCAUCAUCGACGACCUUGCCGACGACCACCUCGAGAUGUGCGAGGUUCCCUUCUCCAAGGACCCCGCAUUCGGCACUCACACCGUUCCCUUCACCAAGACCGUGUACAUCGAGCGCUCCGACUUCCGUGAAGUUGACUCCGCCGACUACUUCCGCCUCGCCCCAGGCAAAACCGUCGGUCUCCUCAAGGCCCCCUAUCCCAUCACCGCCACCUCCUUCGAAAAAGACUCCAACGGCGUCGUCACCGUCGUGCACGCCAAAUACGAAAAGCCUGCCGAGGGCGAGCCCGCCAUUCGUCCCAAGACCUUCAUCCACUGGGUCGCUGAGUCCCCCGCCCAUAACAGCCCUAUUAAGGCAGAGGUCCGCGCUUUCAACCCACUCUUCAAGUCCGAGGAUCCCUCGGCUCACCCGGGCGGUUUCCUUGCCGAUAUCGAUCCCGAUUCCGAGCAGAUCUACCACGGCGCUAUGAUUGAGACUGGCUUUGAGGAUAUCAGCAAGUCUGCGCCUUGGCCCAAGGAUGCGGCUGAGAGUGAUGUUAAGAAUAACAAGCAUUCCAUCCGGUUCCAGGGUAUGCGGACUGCUUACUAUGCUGUUGAUCGUGAGUCUUCAGAUGACUUGUCCAAGGUCAUCCUCAACCGUAUUGUUACUCUGAAGGAUACCCAGGGUAAGAAUUAG